CCAGCCGCGGUGAGAAACGCAAACUUAGCUCUUCAGCAGUUGUGAACGGCGCAUAAUCGAUAGGGAAAUAGUGCGUUUGUGAACGUCGUUUAACCAACUUUAAGAAGUCACCGGGAUGAAUGACGGGAAAAAGCUGCCGUUCACACGGGCAGGGCGCUAACUUGUGGGAUUAGUUUGCAUGUGGCCUGACGGCGGAGGGUGACGGCGGUGGGAUGGGCGGUGAGGUGUCCAAGAUGGCGGCGCCCUGUAGAGUGCAUCAACUCUAACAGAGGGGCCUGGAGACUGUAUUGGCAGGUGGGCCCCAGGAGUCCUCCAGGCAAACAGGGACGGACACUGUGAGAGACACGUGGCCUCCACCUCCAGCACUGCCGCCAUCAUGGCCAGGGAGCAGCCCAAUGUGGGGGACCUCCUCCCACUCCUGGAGACCUCUGACCUCCAGCAGCUUGAAGAGAUCCGAGGCCUUAUCAACGAGCAGCUCAGCACUGAGCGAGGUUCCAUGCUACUGAAUGGGCUGGUGGAUUUUUUUUUGGAAACCAACUCUCCCCAGGCCUUGCAUAUCCUCUCCUCUGUCAGAGAGCCACAUGAUAAGCACCUUCUAGACAAGAUGAACGACUGUAUGACCAAACAGGCGUGCCGCCUGCCCACCCUCAUGCUGCUUGGUCACGUAGUCCGCAAGCAGCCGUCCUGGAUCCACAAGAUCGCUCGAUAUCCUCUGCUGCUGUCGCUGCUGAAAUGCUUGAAGGCGGACACAGACGUGGUGGUGCUCAUAACCGGAGUAUUGGUGCUGAUCACUCUGCUGCCCAUGAUCCCCCAAGCUGGGAAACAACACCUAUGGGAAUACUUUGAUAUCUUUGGCCGUCUGGCAUCGUGGAACCUUAAGAAUCCAGGGCAUGUUUCAGAAGUUUACCUAAUCCACCUGCACGCUAGCGUCUACUCACUAUUCCACAGGCUGUACGGCAUGUACCCAUGCAACUUUGUGUCCUAUCUACGUUCCCAUUACAGCAUGAAGGAGAACAUGGAAACCUUUGAGGAGGUAGUGAAGCCAAUGCUUGAACAUGUCCGUAUACACCCUGAACUGGUGACCGGUACCAAGGACCAUGAGCUGGACCCCACUAGGUGGAAGAAGUAUGAAAUCCAUGAUAUCGUUAUUGAAUGUGCCAAAGUGUCUCUAGACCCCAAGGAGGCCUCCUGUGAGGAGGGUUACGCCGCCAUGCCUGAGAAUUUUUACCCCCAAGUUCACCUGCGACCCCAAGACUGCACUUCAAGCCCCUACACAGACCUUCACAGCAGCUAUGGAAGCUCCUCGUCUACCCCGUUCUCAACUCCACGGCAGUCUCUACCCCCACCUCUGUCCUUGCCCCCCUUCUCAGGGACACAGUCAUCCUACCGAAGCCCACAGAUCUCCAGAAGGCAGAACUCCACCUGUGAACUCAACUCUUCGUGUGGGGGGAAGGACCCUCUGUGGAGCCCCUCCUCAUUGUGCGGUAUGGCCACGCCCCCUUCCUCAAGGGGCAUGUCGCCCAACUUGGAGCUCUCCCAGAGUGCCUCGCACCUUCCCAGCCGCUUCCACUGCACAUCAGGAGGAAAAGGAACGCCUGCCUCUAGCACUCCAGCCACCUCCUCCCCACCUCCUACCCUAUCGGAUGACUUCCCCAUAAUCUCCUUACCAGCCAACACAGUCCAGUCCAGUCCAACAAGAAAAGAUCGUCGAGCAGGAGAAACCAGUAAACCUGCACUGGUGAGACAGGAACCAGUUCGAGAUUUGGAGAAGAGCACAGAGGCAGCGACAAGCAGAGAUGCAGGAGCUGCAGAAAAUGUCUCCAUGACACUGACAGAGUUAUCGGUUUUCAUGAAGAAGCAGGAACUGGACCUUCAGCUGAGAACAGAAAAAGAAAAAGAAGAGGCUGCCAUCACAGAGGAGUUGUUGAAACUCACUGAGGAUAAGCAGGAGCAGUUGGGUCUGAGAGGCUUUGACUCCCCUUUCUAUCGCACCACUGAGACUCUGACUGGCAGUCAGGCACAAGACAAACCCCACUCCAGCACCUACCCAGGAGGUUCCAGCCGAGAAACCCACCACACGGUAUCCACACCAGACAAAGUUGAGAACGCUGCAAGCACCAGUGGCGUUGGCAGCGAAAGAGGAGGACCAGCAGGAGACAGCAGGAGUUCAGCCCUGGAGCAGUCCUGGUCCUUCCAGUCUGGGUUCACGCCCAUCGAUCACCACUUGCACAGAUGCACCUCAGCCACGGAUGAGGAGAUGAGCAAGUUUGGGAUGUUCUCUCCGAGCCCAUGCAGUAAGGCCCCAGCGCCUUACGAGUCGUUCUUUGACCUGGCCCUGCCACGAGCGGCGUCUCUAUUUGUCGGCAAAAAAACAUCAGAGGCAGUGCACAAGGCGGCGAUGGAGAGGCUGCUGCAGCGAGAGGAGGGCUUGGAGGAUGGGGAGGAGGAAGGGCUGGUGUCUGCUUCACCACUGGAGGUGCUGGAUCGCCUUGUUCAACAGGGAAGUGACGCCCACGACAAAGUUCUCAAGAGAUUACCUUUGCCAAGUAAGUCGGCUGACUGGACACAUUUUGGAGGCUCUGCUCCACUGGACGAGCUUCACACGCUGCGCAGCCAGCUGCUCCUGCUGCACAACCAGCUGCUGUUCGAGCGCUACAAGAGGGAGCAACACGCCGUCCGCAACCGCCGCCUCCUCCGACGCAUCAUCAACGCCACUGCACUGGAGGAGCAGAACAACGCUAUGAAGGGCCAGUUGAAUCUGCAGAGUGUGGAAAUAUUGUCGCUGAGGGAGAGCCUGCAGGUUGAGCACCAGCGGUACCAACAGCUGUGGGACGACCGCGAGACGGUGGUGACCAGGCUGCAUGGUCAGAUCAGACAGCUGCAGCAGGGCCGGGAUGAUUACUACACCAAGAACCAGGAGCUGCAGAGCAAGUUACAGGAGUGUCAGAAGCGGAUGGAUGAGCUAGAGGCGGAGCUACAGAGAGCCAACAACAAAGUCUGCCACACUGGUCACCUCCUCAAUCAGAUGACUAUCAAGCUGAACAACAGCGAGGGUACCCAGCAGCAGAUGAGCUUCCUGAACAAGCAGCUGCUGCUCCUCGGGGAGGCACAUAAGCUGUCCAUGCAGGAAUUACAGCACGCCGGCACCGAUAACACAAAGGAGGUUCAAAUGCUGAAAGUGUCCUCUGCGAAGGAGGUGGAGACAAUAAGACAGAGUCUGCUGGUUCAAGGACAAAAGCUGGAGGCAGCACAGCAGAGAGUUGCUGAGCUGGAGAACCUUCUCUCCAAGAAGGAACAUCUCAUCGCAGAGCAAAAGAAGUUCCUUGAAGAUGUGAAGUGUCAAGCAAAGGUGGAGCUUCAGGCCUCAGACAACAGGUAUCAAGUUCAAAGGAGAAUCACUCAGCUGCUGCAGACUGAACUCUUGCAGCUUUACAGCAGAGUGGAGAUGGAAACUCCAGCCUGCAGCACCAGCAGCAGCAGCAGCUUUCCUCCAGGGGGCAGAGCUGACACACACACUCCUGCAGACUCCAGUGUCUUGGUUCAAGAUGGACCAGGUAAAGUUCACACCAGUGAAGAGGUGCAUGACUCCCCCCGGGGUAACGGCAGCACUUUAUCGCCAGGGCAACCAAUGGCGAGCAACUCUUCCAACUCCAUGGCUAACUCCAUCAAUGGAGGACAGGAACUGGCCCCGCCGUUGUUGGUAGAGCCUUCCCUGACCUGUUCCCACGCCAACCCACUUGCACCCCUGACUGCUGCUGACGCGCCCAUCACCGUGGGCUCCUAUCCAAGCGCCAAGAGCUUCCUGGGCAUGAGAGCUCGCGAGCUGUUCCGCAACAAGAGCGAAAGCCAGUGCGACGAGGAAGAAUCCCCGCCACGUCUCGCAGGCCUCGCCCACAGCCUGAAGACUGAGCUUUGCGAGGAGGCCCCCUGCCCGGGCGAUGCUGCCGACGUAGACCCCGCACCUCCCCCCGUGCCCACCUCACCCCCUGCCACAGCUGUCGCUACUCCUCUCACUGUUACCACAAACGAACAACCCUUUGAGCCCAAGCAGCGAGUCUCCAGCCAGGAAAGUCCACGCAGAAAGGCAGGGGUGGGGCCGCGGGGCGGCAGAGGUCAGGCCGGGUCAGGUCGGCCCCGGCAACAGCAGCUAAAGAUUAUGGACUACAAUGUAACGCAUCAUGAGCACAGUUAAGGACAUAAGACUGAGUGAGGACUGAGGGCAGACGAACAGAGACUGAAAUUUAACCGUGGAGAAAAAGCUACAAAUGAGCAAAAGAGUAACAUGUCAGCAGCUCUUUUCAAUUCAGUGUUAUUUGUCCCAUUCCCUUGAGUGGACAACAGGAUUUCCCCAAAGCUUCUCUGUCCUUUGUUUGUUUCUGUAACAGAUCGCUUCAGUGUCUACGUUUACAUGCAAUCAAUAACCCUUUUCUAACCGGAAUAUUAGCAAUAACCCGGUUGUACACGGCCAUUUAAACACCAAUAACUCCUUUGAAUAACUGGAAUUUGCUUAUAUUCCGGUUUUUAAAACCCCAAAUAUGACCCCUAGGUUACUCCUUUUCUAACCCGAAUAUUUGGUCAUGUAUAGUUUAACAGGAUAUCCCCAUUAAAAGGAACAGGAAUUUGUUUUCUGCACGUUUUUUCGCAAGGAAUCUUGCUCUUUUGAGUCCAGGAAGUUCUUAUAAACAUGGCCAAACGCAAGACCAGGAGGAGACUAAUCAUUUUGGCUGAACAUUUUGGCAUUUGUAGAUGGUAGAAAGUACAGCGAUAGACAGAUUUACAAAAAGGUGAGCGAAAAGUUGCGCAAAGCAGAAUUUGUACGAACGCCAGACCAGAUCAAGCUCCGCUGGAAGACGCUGAAAAAGGCGAACUACAGUGCCGAGAAACAAGACGACUUUUACUGUUCAUUAUCCGCCGUGCUGCUGUUAUUGUUGUUCUCCGUGCGUCGCUGGUUUGAUCCAGAUAUCUCAAAUGAUUAAUCACCAUGUAUACAGGGAUAACCCUGUUAGCUCACGCAUGUAAACAGAUUAUUCCCAAUGUUUCACUUUCAGUAACCGGAAUAUUGACCUUAACCCCAAUUUUGAUUGCAUGUAAACGUAGUCAGUGUCAUGACAUUUUUCAGAAUACGAGAUAAAAAGUUGAUGUUUUACCAGUGAACAUGCAACACUUUAAACUAUGAGACUGCUUAAAGAUGCACUAACAGGAUUUCAUGGCGUUAUUAAAAACCUAGAGGUCACAGUGAGUAUCACGUUUUAAUGCACAGUUCACCUAAAUAAAAAAAUGACAAUGUUGUUCCUACUUAAUUCUAUUUGUAUUUUAUGACAUAGGAAUUUCAGGUUGUUUCUAUCCUAGUUUUGUGAUGCUUGUCUGACAGGGAAAUGAGUGAAAUUGUGAUUGUGAUUCUUAGAGUUGAUCAGGUCUUAAAAAGCCUCUGUGGAAUAAAACGUUAGGACCGGGGAUUAUCCAAAGAGAUGGGAAGGAUUUCUUGUAGGAUAAUUUUCCUAAAAAGAAAAACAUUCGAAAAGAUUGGACCAAUCCACGUGAGUCAAUUGCAAUAAGCAAAAUUCUGUAUUAUGUAGUUUUGAUUUGUGGACCGACAGUUAAUGAAGACAAAGAACCGAUAAACAUGCUUUACUUUUUAUAGCAGAUAGUUUUUACAAUAAUACUUAGGUCAGUACGCCGUUUGAAGAUGCAGACUAGCCACGUGUCCCAACAGCAAUGUUUGUGUUACUAUUUUCAAGAUCUCUUCCGUUAGAAAUGACACCCUUUGAACUACAAUCUGCAAUUUUCUCAAAGAUUCGAAUCAUACGAUGCAAAUGGCUUCACAACCCAGGAUGUUUUGGUGGCACAGUCAAACGCAUCGCCGUGGGCCAAAAGCCCAGCUGCCCAAGAACCAGCAGACAAGAGAUAUUUAGUAUUUUCUGGGAAGACCAUUACUGAAUGGAGUAGAAACCUUAAAAGUGUAAGAGUAUUUACCAAAAUAACAGUUAUCACGGCUGCAUAUAAUGUAAGCUGCAGCGACUAAAGUAGUUUUUCCUUUCCCUAAGUUCCAUUCGUCCUGCAUUUAUCUUUUAAUCCAUGAAUUUAUUUAUUUAUUUAUUGGAUCGUCUGUAUACUUUGCUCACACACACAUAACACGCUCUAAAUUAUAAAUGACACUUCUCAAGUAACACACGACCAAUCCUUCAAAAUUAUUAUAUUCUCAAAUGUAAACGUUAGUGCCCCGCUCAUUUCAAUUAUGUUAUUUCAGACACGUUUGGUCCACUGGGUUUCCUUUUUAUAGGCCUGGCAAACACAGGCUGCUUUUCCUUUUUUUUUUUUCCCUCCCUCCCCUGUUUGUUUUUAGAAGUAAACUGAUUGUAAAACUAUUCUGAAUCCUGUUGUCCACUGGGAACUCCUGCUGCCACUUCUUUCUGCCUCUCUAUCUAAAGCAUGUUCAACAAUCCUCUUUAAAUGCCAACCGUAGUAGCUACAGCAAACCAAGACAGAAGGUACAAUCAGCACAAACAGAAGAGAAAAAGAAAAAAGAAAAAGAAGAAAGCAGGACUCAAACCAGAGCUGGAGAAUCUGGGACAAAAUGGCAAAAAAGGAAGUUCUUAAAGCAGUGGCUUGUGUGUAACUGUGAACAAUAAAGAUCGUCUUUAAUGUUUUGCACUACAAUGUUGACUUUUCUGUUGUUUCCCCUGUGAACAUAAACACAACUUUGAAAAUCCCCUCUUUGUCUUAUAGUCAGCAAAUCACUUGGAACUUUUAGAGGAAAACUAUUUACUUGGAUAUUACUUUCAGCUCUGAGAUUUCAAUAUUUUCUGACAUUUGUACAAAUAGUAAUGUUUAAUUUCAAGUACAAUCACAUUAUUUCUCUUAAACGUUACAGGAAAAUGUUGAAAAAGAUGUUGGCAGGAGAUCUGGAUGUUGAAAAAUGGAAGUUUCACGCUCAGCUCUUCCUGGCCGACGAGGCUGAAAUGUGAACGGCGGUUGGUGGCAAACAAAUUAACUACUAUUAAUAA